UAAAAUACAUGUAUACAUAGUGUACCAAAUGUUGAAAAGGUGCAUACAGCCACUCGUGGCCAAUCACUGCUAUACUCGACUCAAGUGCAGGCACCUCCGACACUCCAACAUGGCGGAACCGCGAGCGUUGCUCAUCCUAGCAGAGGGAGCCGAGGAGAUGGAGGCUGUCAUUACAGCAGACGUGCUGCGAAGGGGAGGCGUCAACGUCACCAUUGCAGGCCUGGCCGGAGCUGACCCGGUCACCUGCAGCCGCAACGUCGUCAUCAAGCCUGACACGAGCCUCGACGACGCGACGAAAACCGGCAAGUACGACGUCGUCGUCCUCCCCGGCGGGCUAGGGGGCGCUCAGCGACUCUCGGCGUCAUCCCGCGUGGGGGCGCUGCUGAAGGUGCAGGAGGCGGGCGGCGGCCUGAUCGCGGCGAUCUGCGCGGGACCGACGGCUCUCGCUGCGCACGGCGUCGCGGCGGGACGGACGCUGACGAGUCAUCCGUCGGUGCGGGAGCAGCUCGCCGCCGCGGGGUACGCGUACAGCGAGGAUCGCGUCGUUAGGGACGGGCAGCUGCUAACGAGCCGAGGGCCGGGGACGACGUUUGAGUUUGCGCUCGCGCUGGUGGAGGCCCUGCAGGGAGCGGAGCGCAGGGAUUCGCUCGUCCCACCGAUGUUGCUGAAGCUGUGAGCUAUACAGUGAUGGAAGCCCACGACGAUUGUUGAAGAUGCUAGAUAGACAGAUAUUAAUAUCUCUAAAUGUAGCUGAAGCUGUGAGCUAUACAGAGAUGGAAGCACAUGACGAUUGUUGAUGAUGCUAGUUAGACAGAUAUUAAUAUCUCCAAAUGUAGCUGAAGCUGUGAGCUAUACAGUGAUGGAAGCCCAUGACGAUUGAUGAAGAUGCUAGAUAGACAGAUAUUAAUAUCUCUGAAUGUAGCUGAAGCUGUGAGCUAUACAGUGAUGGAAGCCCAUGACGAUUGCUGAAGAUGCUAGAUAGACAGAUAUUGAUAUCUCUGAAUGUAGCUGAAGCUGUGAGCUAUACAGUGAUGGAAGCCAGCUGAUGUUGCUAAUGCUGUGACAGUGUGAGCCAAACAGCAAUCACUGGUGCGAAUUUUUCCUUUAUUAUUUGUUCAAAUUUCAAGUUGUUAAUGAAUUGAGGAAUGCGAGUGGGUAAAAUUAACUGUUUUUUUAAAAGCUGAUUCAGCAUCCAUGUGCAUAUUACAUAAUUCAUGAACAAUUAAAUUAGAUUUAAUUCUUCAUGUGUAAGUGAUAAGGUUGUAUCUGAGGAUUUGUACAGCAUUAUUAGGUUUACAUAAUUUGCCUUUUUCUAAAUCAAAACUCAGAUUUAAAUAAAAUUAUAAUUUUGCUACUGAUGAAUUAAAAAAUUCCAAGUAAGCAACAGAGACAAUUAAUUUUGUUAAUUUAAUUUCUAUCAGUAUGCGAUAGAUUUCAUCCACAAUGAAUAAUUAAAUUAUAUGUAGUACUUCACUAAAACUUGCAUAUAAAUCUUACACUUAUUUAUAGAAUAAAAAUGCUUGUGGUGACUUGAA